AUGACGCACGACUCUGCGACUGGCUUUAUCAGUGGCUACGAUCUUUUCGACCACGCCUUUGGGCAGGCACAGGCAGUUGGCCUCAAGGAGCAGUUGGACUGCGGGGCGCGAUCCUUUGAUCUCCGACUGGUGAAAACCAGUGGCGAGAUCCACUUCCACCAUGGGGAAACUGCCAUCUUGAACUGGGUCUCCAGCCAGACAUUGAGUGGAGAGCUUCCCGGGCUGGUUGAAUGGGCGGGGGAGCACCCGAGCCAGUUUGUUGUCCUCGUGGUCGGGCACUGCGCCGAGAAGGGCUGGAUCGAGUACUCCUCGAAGCCUUGUUCGGACGAAGAGUUUGUGAAGCCCUUCACCGCUCAGGGUGUUGCCUUUGAAACGAAGUGCGACAAGCUUCGCAACAUGACCCUGGCCCAGGCGAUGAAAGCCAGUGCCUUAAGGAACGGGGGGCACCUGCUGGCCAUCGACCUUGACUGUGUGGAGACCAACUGGAAGAGUGAUGUCACCUCGGCGGAGCAGGUCCAGCCGUAUGUAGCAGAGACAAUGAAGCAGAUGCAAGGUUCUGGGAAGCUCUUCCAGAUCCAGGCCCUCAUGCAGCAGAAGUUUCUCAUACAGCGGAGCUACCAACUCAACAAGGAGGUGGCCUCAUGGAUCACCGACACCCACCUCUUGGACGGGGUGAACUUCCUCGAGAUCAAUACCAUCUGCGCAUAUGGCAUGGCGAUCUCUAGAUCGUUGGGCGCGACGGUCUCCAGUACGGAUGCUGACAGCUGCAUGCAAAUCUGCAAGAAGAAGUGCCCUGCGUGCGACAAGGAGCAACCUCGUGAAAGGCAAGACGCUGGAGGAUGGUUGAUCUGA